UUCUGAACAAAUCAUCUUUGGUCCGCUCGUCGCGUUGACGUUCCUCUCAGCCGUUGGACAGACAGCUCAUCAGCAGCGAGGCUGGGCUGUGCCUCAGUCUGAUCCGACCAGUCGUGGUUACACACUUAGCUUGCUAGCCAUAUUAUUUUCUCCUCAGAAGACGUGGAUUGUACAGACACAUAUCAGGGUCCUUUUUGCAAGCACCAUUUUUCUCCCUCUUCCCUUUUCCUGGUUUUUGUUUUUAUUUAUUUAUUUUAUUUUAUUUUAUUUUUUUCUUUACUUGAUUUUGGUGCGGAGAGAAGAACUUUGCCAUCACAGUGCUACACCCAGUCGUGUUGAUGGUCUGGGGUCAGCCUGCACCCACUGACGGACACAAGCCUUGUGAAGUGAACAGAUCACAAGAAGAAACAUGAGCACAGCUAAACCUAGUGGGAUCAAAAUGCCCAGCAAGAUAGCCAGGCCACCAGGGACGGCGGCCCCCAAGACCACCCCGAGCACUGCAGGAUCUAAAGGCGCGGCCGACAAAUCAGCUGCAAGUGCCAGUGGAGGAGAUGCCGAGAAAGCCGGCGAGAGCUUCCAGAUUGGGGAGCGAGUAUGGGUUAAUGGGAAUAAGCCAGGCUUCAUACAGUUCUUGGGUGAGACGCAGUUUGCCCCUGGACAAUGGGCAGGAAUUGUUCUGGAUGAGCCCAUUGGGAAGAAUGACGGUUCAGUGGCUGGUGUCCGCUACUUCCAGUGUGAGGCCUUACGAGGGAUAUUCACCCGUCCAUCCAAGUUGUCUCGCACAGAGGGGGAGGCUAAUGGAACUCAGACGGCACCACCAUCUCGUGCCGCUUCACCCACUCCUUCAGUUGGCAGCGUCGCCUCCCACGUGCCCUCCACAAAAUCAGCAGCUCCUUCAACCACGUUGGCAGCCAAGAAGGCCUCAUCUGUUACACCAUCCACACCAGCAUCCAAUCUCGCACGCACUAACAGUGAAUCUGUCUCCAACCUCUCGGAGACUGGAUCAGUCAAGAAAGGGGAGAGAGAACUGAAGAUGGGUGACCGUGUAUUGGUUGGUGGUACAAAGGCAGGAGUGGUGCGCUUCCUUGGAGAAACAGAUUUUGCCAAAGGCGAGUGGUGUGGUGUGGAAUUGGAUGAGCCCUUAGGAAAGAAUGAUGGGGCAGUGGCAGGCACAAGGUAUUUUCAGUGCCAACCCAAGUAUGGUUUAUUCGCUCCAGUUCACAAGGUUACACGCAUCGGCUUCCCCUCAACAACGCCAGCCAAAGCAAAGACGACGGUUCGUAAAGUAGUGGCCACACCAUCAGGCCUGAAGCGCAGCCCCAGUGCCUCAUCCAUCAGCACCAUGAGCUCUGUGGCGUCAUCUGUCAGCGCCAAGCCCAGCCGCACAGGCCUGCUAACUGAGACAUCAUCACGGUAUAAUCGUAAGAUUUCGGGCACCACAGCUCUGCAGGAGGCGCUGAAGGAGAAGCAGCAACAUAUCGAGCAGUUGCUGGCUGAGAGAGACAUGGAGAGGGCGGAGGUUGCCAAAGCCACCAGCCAUGUAGGGGAGGUGGAGCAGGAACUUAACCUGCUGAGGGAUGAUCAAGAGCAGAUGGAGACCAAGAUGGAUCAGUUACGUGCCUUGGUGGAGGCUGCAGACAAAGACAAAGUAGAGCUGCUCAAUCAGCUGGAGGAAGAAAGGAGGAAGGUGGAAGACCUUCAGUUCCGUGUAGAAGAAGCUUGUAUUACCAAAGGAGACCUGGAGACGCAGACCAGACUGGAGCAUGCCCACAUUAAGGAGCUUGAACAGAGCCUUCUCUUUGAAAAGACCAAAGCUGAGAAACUCCAAAGAGAGUUAGAAGACACUAGGGUCGCUACUGUCUCGGAAAGAUCCCGCAUUAUGGAGCUGGAGAAGGACCUCUCACUACGAACGAGAGAGGUUGCUGACCUGCGGCUGCGUCUUGAGUCCCAGCAGGGCACCGAGGGCUCAGACUCCGCACUUUCUCCCCUUCUGGAGGAGAUAAACUCUCUGAGGGAUCAGUUGGCCUCUCAGGAAGCUAAGCAACAGGAGGAGUUGGUAAAACACAAGGAGAAACUGGAAGCUCAAGAGAAGAGUCACAAUGAGGCAGUCGCCCAGCUUCAGGCUACAUCGAUUAGGCUCUCUGGCGACAAUGAGCAGCUGCAGAUACGUCUGAGCCAGGCUGAAAAGGAGAACACAGACAUUAUUGAGCUGUGGCGCUCUAAGCUAGAGUCUGCCAUUGCCUCUCACCAGCAAGCCAUGGAGGAGCUGAAGGUUUCAUUUAGCAAAGGCGCAGGUGCCCAGACAGCAGAGCUUGUGGAGGCCAAGAGCACCCUUGAGAGGCUGAAAGUGGAGCACAAGCUGGCUCUGGAAGAGGCUGGAGCCAGACAUGAAGCUGACACCACAGCCUGGACUGAGAAGAUAGAGGCGCUGAAGACGCAGGUGUUGUCUUUGACAGAGGAGAAGGAGAGACUGGAAGAGUCUCUGCGGUGCAGUGUUGAACGAGCCGAGGAGCAACACCUUGUGGAGAUGGAGGAUGUGCUGGGAAAGCUGCAUGCUGCUGAACUAAAGGUGAAAGAGCUUGAGGAGCUUGAGGCAAACUUAGUUAAACAGGUCCAGGACAAGGAUAGAGAAACCAAAGAGCAGAUGGCAGCAAUAGUGACUCUGCGCUCCAAGGAAGCUCAAGGUGACCAGGAGCUCGAAACAUUGAAGACUUGUUUAGAGGAGGCUCAGAACCAGGCAAACUCACAGGGUGGCAAGGUUAGUGAGUUGAGCUCACUGUUGGAGAGCCGACAGCAGGAAAUUGUUUCCUUACAGCAGAGUCUGUCCACCAUACAGCAGGAGAAGGAUUCCCUCGACAAGGAGCUCGGAGGCCUGAAACAAAAAAUGUCUGAAAGCACAGAGGGGCAGAUGAAAUCAGCACAAGAGAUGAAAGAAAUGCUCGAGAAGCUCAGUAAGAAGGAGGAGCAGUGCACAUCACUUACUACCGAAACAGAGUCUCUUAGAAGUCAACUUGCAGGCCUGGAGCGGAAGCUGAAGGCUGGAGAUGAGAAGCUUGAGCAGCUUACCAAGGACAAGAGCAAGCUGGAAAGUGAUAUUUCAGACAUGAUGAAGUUAUCCGGUGACAGUUCAGCACAGCUGACCAAAAUGAAUGAAGACCUCACACAGAAAGAAAGGAAGCUGGAGGAGUUGCAGAAUCAGCUGGCAGAAGAGAGGGAAAGGGUGGCACACUUAAAUGAACAACUCCAACAGGAACUCUCCCGCAAAGACCAGGAGCUGAAAGAGAUGAAAGACUCGCAUCAGUCUCAAACAAACAGCCUUCAGGAGAAGAUUGUUAACUUGGAGAAAAAUGUGCAGGAAGGUGAGACAUGUGUUAAGGAUCUCAAGGCUUCACAGGAGAAAGCCCUCGCUGAAGCUUCUCAGCUCCAUGUGAAGGAAGUUGAGGUGUUUCAGGGUGAGGCCGAAAAGUUGAAAAAGGAGCUCUGUUCCACCAGGGAUAAAUCCCAAGAGCUGGAGAAGUUGGUGUCUGAGCUGAAGCCGUACAAGGAACAGGUCCAGUGUCUUUCUGCUGAGCUUGACUCCUCCAAGCAUGAUGUUGAACGUUUAUCCAAAAAUAUGGAAAAGCAGAUAUUAGAUCUGGAGCAUAAAUCAAAGGAAAGUGAGGGUGCUAAGGUUGAGAAAGUUAGACUGGAGAAGCAGCUUUCAGAUGUACAGGCCAAACUCUCUGCCCUUGAGGAUAGUCACCAGGAGCUUUCACUCAAGAAUGAAGAACUACUAAUGACAAGAGACAAGCUUUCAAAAUAUCAAGAGGAACUACUUGCCACCAACAAGAAUUUAGAUGUGCAAGGAAUUUCAUUGAACAAGGAGUUGGAGAAACUCAAGGAUUGUCUUCAGCAAGUGCAGACUGAAAACAAAAAUCUGAAGCAAGCUGAAGGUGAACACCAAUCCCAAAUUGAGGAGCUUGAAAGAAAAAGUGUAGAGAAAGAUCAAAUGCUCUUGAAGCAUCAGCAGGACAACCAACAGCUCGAGGCUAAGAAGAAGCAGCUUGUUGAAGAUUAUGAAAAUGUCUGCAAAGAGAGGAACAGACUUGAGGAGGAGCUCACUGAAAGCAGAUUCAAGUUGACGUCUGAGAAAGACAAUUUAGUUUUGGAGAGAGAUGCUGCCAGGAAUGCAAAAAAAUCACUUGAUGCAAAGAACACUGAGUUGCAGGCAAAACUUCAGUCAUUGAACUUGGAAAAAGAAGAUCUCACAAUGAAGAACACCCAACUGCAGGCCCUCACAGAAACACUGAAAAAAGAAAAUGUUGAAAUGUCCACUCAAAACAGUGCUGCCACUUUAGAAAAAAAGAAUCUUGAGGAUGCCAAUGUGGAACUCCAGAAUCAAGUUAAUGUCACCAAGAAAGAUCUUGAGAGUUCUGUCCGUGAUUGUGAAGAGCUUAAAGCUUCAAAAAUGAGCUUGGCCAAAAUGUUGGAAGAGUUCAAGACAAGCAGUCAGGUCACUGAUUCUGAGAGGCUUCACCUUCUACAGGAGAAGGAGGACUUACUUGCUUCCCAAAGAAAAAUGUGUGCUGAGAAGGAGGAGCUCCUUAAAGAAAGAGAAGAACUUGUGGAGAAACUUAAGGUCUCAGCUGAACAAUUGUCUCAGUCAAAGGAGAAAGUUCAUGAAGUGUUGUCUUCUUUUGAGCAAGAGAAGAAAGCAUUUGCAUUCCAGAAUUCUGAAACUGAGAAGACUCUACAUGCAAUACGGAAAGAGAAGAUGACCUUGGAAUUAGCAUUAGAGCAGCAAAAGAUGGAUUAUGAGCGUUUAGGUCAUGAGAAAGGAGAGUUAGAAGAGAAGCAUACAAAAGCAAUAUCUGAAAAAACUGUUAUUUCUAAUGAGAGAGAUAAGCUUGUCAGUGAUAUCCGUACAAUGAAGGACCAGUUCGAUAGCUCCUCUAAAGCUAAUGUGGACCUUAUUCAGGAGAAGUCUAAUUUAACAGCAAUGCUGGAGGAAUCAAAACAAAAAAAAGAUGAGCUUGAAGCUGAGAGGACUGCUUUGAAACGAGACAAGGCUGACCUAAAACAGCAACUGCAGAAGCAUUGCUCUGACAUUGAAAUUCUUGAAAAGGACAAAACUGAACUUUCUCAAGAAUGCAACAAACUAAAAGUAGAUAUUGAGCAGCUUCAACUGGAACUUGUACAACAGGUUGAUAACCUUACCAAAGAGCAUCACCACUUGAAGUCACUGCAGAUUGCAGCUGACAAAGAUAGACAGUCAUUGCAGAAAGAGAACCAGGGUUUGCUUCAGCAGAUCCAAGACUUAAAGUGUCAGUCAGAAUCAGUAUCAGAGGCCAAAACGCUUCUUGAGACCCAGCUUCAGGCUGAAACUGUUGAACGAAAUAAAAUAACCUCCGUCCAGGAAGGUCUUUCCAGAGAGAUUGAGGAACUACAGAAAAAGUUGCACACAAUGGCACAGGAAAAUUCAGAGAUUUCUACUAGCCUUAAGAAUGCCGAAGAGGAAAAGAAGUCUUUCAAAGUGGAUGUGGAAACCUUGAACACACAAUUAAAGCAGAGAGAGCAAGAAAAAAGUCAGUUGGCAGAAAAUAAAGAACAGCUUUCAUCUAAGCUUGAGGAGAUGAGCAAACAGAUUAUCUUCCUGACUACUGAAAAGGAGAACUUGUUAGCUGUCCAGUGUAGGCUGGAACAAGACAAUAGUUCUCUCCACAGUACCCAAGACAGUUUGCUCGAGGAACGUUCAAGGCUCCUUGAAGAGUUAGAGAAGUUAGAAGCUAUCCAGAAACAGCUACAGGUUGAUGUCAAGGCCCUACAAUCUGAUAAAGACCUCAUAGAGAAACAGUACAAGACUUCGGUUGAGGACGCAUCAGCCUCUGCCGCGGCGAGGGAAGAAAUUUCCUCCAACCUGGCAAACUUAAAAGCUCAGAUGGACGUGCUGCAAAAGGAGAGAGAUGAAGCCACCCAGCAAGUCAGACAACUUGAGUCCCAACUCAAAAAUGCCCAUUCUAAGCAGCUUGAGGCUGCAGAGGCUUCUGGCAAGACCGCCGAGGCCUUAGAGCAGCUGACAAAAGAGAAAGUCAGUCUGCUGCAGCAGAUGAAUGAAUCCCAGAGUUUGGUGGAAGAACUCCAGAGAUGUAAAAAGGAAAUGGAGAGUCAGCUUGAAUCAUUGAGCAAAGACAAUUCCAAGUACCAAGAAGAACUGCAUGUGUCCAAAGAGCAGCUUGGCUCAGAAGCUCACAGGAUCAAGAGUCUGAGCCAGGAAAUUGAGGAGUUGAAAGAGGCGAUGUCUGUGAAGUCGCAGUCUCUACAAGGCCUGCAGGAGGAGAACAGCAAGCUCACUCAGGAGCUUGAGAGCAGCCGCAAGGACAAGGGUGGCCUAGUGAAGAUCAAGGAUGAGCACUCAAAGCUCAAAAAACAGUUGGAAGAGUUGAAGCAGAGCCUGCCAAACAAUUCCUUCAGUGAGAGCACAUUGAAGAAGGAGCUGGACAAGGAGAAGGCCAACCUUCAGCAAUCCAUCCAUAAAAACAGUGCCUUAAUCUCUGAGAAGGACCAGGAGCUGGAGAACCUGAAGAGUGAGCUAGCUGCAUUGCAUAUGGAAAGUGCCACAGUCAAGACGCUGCAGAGUACUAUUCAGUCCUUAGAGCAGGACAAGGUUCAACUACAGGAGUGUGUUCAGAGCCUGAAGAAAGACCUGACAGGGGGGCCCGACACCACCAGCAAAUCCCCAGGAGAUGCACUGGUGGAACAGUUGAGGGAGGAUAAGGAGACAGCAGAGAGUCAGGCAGCGAUUGAGUUCUUGAAUUCAGUCAUCGUCGACCUCCAGAGGAAGAACGAGGAGCUCAAGGGCAAAUUAGAAAAAAUGGCAGCUGCUGCUCUCAAUGGGAAUAAUGCGAGCGAGCUGGAUAACUACGACGGUUUUGAUAAGGAGCCUGUCAAGAAGAAGCCCCCGCCGAGGCUGUUCUGCGACAUCUGCGACUGCUUUGACCUCCACGACACCGAGGACUGUCCCACACAGAUGCAGAUGCCAGAUUCUCCACCACACACCACAUACCACGGCAGCAAGGGCGAGGAGCGACCCUACUGCGACAUCUGCGAGGUCUUUGGCCACUGGACCGACUCCUGUAACGACGACCAGACCUUCUGAAGCCUUUUCCUUCACCAUUGUUCGCACAAUCAGUAUAUUUGCACAUUACGUUAGAUUAUGCGGUGCUUAUGGGGUUUUGGUUUCUGUGUGUGCGUUCUGUGUGCUUGUUUUUGCCAAGUGUCUUUAUUGUCCACGCCAGCCCUUAAGCGCUCUUACAGGAGCACAGUCUCCUCACAAUCACUACCCCAAAAAUGUAUGACAUCUCUCAUAAAAUUAAAGUGCAUACGCAGUAAUCAAAGGUUUGUAAUUUGACAUUGUAAAUUUCUUUGGGGAAAACAAUGUUUUCCUUUGCUGUCUUGGGUUUGUGUGAAUCAGAAGAAACUGUAGGUGAACGUAUGGUCACUGGAGAGAGAACGGUCUCCCUCAGAUCAAUUAACUUAUCAGCACCCUGACAAUGUUUGCACACUUUGUCAGGGGGUUACAAAGCUAAUGUAGUUGUUUAUUUGAAACUGUAAAUUACUUGAUUGAAAAAAAAAAUAUCAGUCUGCGCAAAAAAUUAGUGAGCUAUAGUUUAUUUUUUUACGCCUGGAAAUACUAUGUACUCUUUAAAGGUUUGUCUGUGUGUGUGAUAAUUUUGUGAAGGAGAAUGACACGGGGUAACUUUGCUAGCUCUUAAUGGAAGUGGAGUGGUGGAACCCAGUACUCUUUGGCUUUAAUGGGAGCUUUUUUAGGCUUUAUGAUGGGACAACUGGAUAACUGGUAAGAAGAAAGCAGUUUAACCUAAGGCACUUCACACCUAAAUCCUCAGUUCCAAUUAAAUGGCCUUUACAAAAAGGGUAACUUUGCAAUUACAUGAUCCUUUCUGUAAGAAAAAAGUACAAUAAAUGAUAUACUUAGGCAUUUCUUUACCUAAUGUUUUGAAUAUCUGUAUAAAAAUAAAUGAACUUUAUGCAUAAACUGAA